AUGUACUCUGCCUCUCGCAGCCUCCGUCUUGCCUCUCGCGUGCUGCGCCCGCAGACCCGAUCCGCUGCUGCCCUUGGCUCUGUGCUGCUGCAGACAGGUCCAGCUCUGACCGUCUCGAGCAGGUCGUCUGGUCCGUCCUCGCAAAAGGGCUUUGUGUCGUCGCGCCGCCCGUACUCAUCGGCUCCCACGGCCAAGCCGACGAUGGCCUACGACAAGGAGAUUGACGACAUUGCGUCGUACGUGAGCGACGUGACGAUUGACUCGCCAGUAGCAAUCGACACGGCCCGCUGGAUCCUCCUGGACACGCUUGGCUGCGGCCUCGAGGCGCUGCAGUUCCCCGAAUGCACCAAGCUGCUGGGCCCAGUGGUGGACGGCACGGUGGUGCCCAACGGGACACGAGUGCCGGGCACACAUUACGUGUUGGACCCGGUCAACGGGGCGUUUAACAUUGGGGCGAUGAUCCGCUGGCUGGACUACAACGACUGCUGGCUGGCGGCCGAAUGGGGCCACCCGUCGGACAACCUGGGCGCGAUUCUCGCGGUGGCCGACUGGAUCAACCGGACGAACAAGCAGGCCGGCAGCACGGGCAAGAAGCUGGCGGGUGGACGGAUCGUGACGGUCGGCGAUGUGCUCGCGUACGCGACCAAGGCGCACGAGAUCCAGGGCAACCUAGCCAUCCUCAACUCGUUCAACAAGGUCGGCCUGGACCACGUGCUGCUGGUCAAGGUGGCCAGCGCGGCCGUGGUGGCAGACAUGCUCGGUCUCGGCAAGGACGGGAUUGCGGCCGCGGUCAGCCAGGCCUUUGUCGACGGCCAGAGCCUGCGGACGUACCGCCAUGCUCCCAACACCAUGUCGCGCAAGUCGUGGGCGGCCGGUGACGCGUGUCAGCGGGCUGUCGGACUGGCGCUGCGCGUGGCUGCCGGCGAGUCCGGCAUCCCGACAGUGCUCACGGCCAAGACCUGGGGCUUUUAUGAUGUCCUCUUCGGCGGUCGUCCGUUCGCGUUCAAUCGGCCGUACGGCAGCUACGUGAUGGAGAACGUGCUCUUCAAGGUCUCGUAUCCGGCUGAGUUCCACUCGCAGACAGCCGUCGAGGCGGCCGAGACGAUUCAUGCACAGCUCCAGGCGGCCGGCAAGACGACUGAGGACAUUGAGACGGUCACGUGUCGGACCCACGAGGCCUGCAUUCGCAUCAUCGACAAGCAGUUUGCGCCGCUCAACAACUUUGCCGACCGCGACCACUGCGUGCAGUACAUGGCGGCCGUGAUGCUCAAGUAUGGCCGGCUGACGGCCAACGAUUACCUCGACGCGUCCGAGGCGGCCACAAGUCCGGAGCUGGAUGCCCUCCGGAAGAAGAUCACGUGCGUCGAGGAUCCCCAGUUCACGACCGACUACCACGACCCGGCCAAGCGGACGAUCUCGAACGCGCUCACCGUCACGUUCAAGGAUGGCUCCGCCCUGCCCGAGGUCGUGGUCGAAGCGCCGCUGGGCCACCCGCUGCGUCGCGAGGAGGCCAAGCCGGUCAUCCUGGCCAAGUUCAAGCGCCAUCUGGAGCCGCACUUUGCACCAGCCCGCGUCGAGGAGCUCGUCCGGCUGAGCACCGACGGCAGCCGCGUCGACAAGCUGCCGGUGGACGAGCUGCUGAACCUGUACGUGGUCGAGAAGAGCAAGUUUGUCAAGGAGAACCAGUGA